CCACAACCAUAUUGCUUUGUUUCCUCGCUUCUUCAUAAAGUCACAAAAGAUUGCAUCUUCCCACCCAACUUCCAUCUUUUGGGUGCUAAUACCAAUUCCAACGCUCUCAUGGCUUCAUCCUCCAUAUGAAGAGAUGGAUAGUCACGGAUCUUGAAUUGGCUUACAUCUGCAAGAAAAAACAAAAGAUGGGUUUUUUAGUUUUGGUAAAGGGGUUUUGUAUCUUGGUUUGCUUCUUUACUUUCUGCUUCGUGUCUGCGAAUUCUCAGAAUGGGGAAAGGAACGGAGCUACUGUUGAAGGGUUUGUUUUUAUAGAUGGGAAUAGUGCCAUUGGAAGGAUAGACAGUGAUUUCAUUUGUGCUACCUUGGAUUGGUGGCCUCCUGAGAAGUGCGAUUAUGGGACUUGUAGCUGGGACCAUGCUUCUCUGCUCAAUCUGGAUCUCAACAACAAAAUACUUUUAAGUGCGGUAAAAGCAUUUUCGCCACUGAAGAUUAGAUUGGGCGGCACUUUGCAAGACAAGGUCAUCUAUGAAGAUCAUAAGCAACCCUGCAUUCCGUUUUCUAAAAGCACCUCAGAGUUAUUCGGUUUCACGAAGGGGUGUCUCCCCUUGUCCAGAUGGGAUGAACUCAAUACCUUCUUUAAGAGAACCGGGGCUCUAGUUAUAUUUGGAUUAAAUGCUCUAACCGGAAGAACCAUACGAUCUGAUGGUUCUGCAGUAGGAACUUGGGACUCCACAAAUGCUGAAUCUCUUAUGCGUUACACUGUCGGAAAGGGUUACUCAAUGUAUGGGUGGGAGCUUGGAAAUGAAUUAAGUGGGAAUGGAGUCGGGGUUAGAGUUUCAGCAGAUCAAUAUGCCUCCGACACGAUUGCUCUGCAAAACUUGGUGCAAAAGGUUUACAGUAAUCAACAACCUAAGCCAUUAACCAUAGCACCAGGAGGCUUCUUUGAUGUAAAAUGGUUCAAAGAAUUCAUGGCUAAGACAUCAAAAUCAGUAGACGUUGUUACUCAUCACAUAUAUAAUCUUGGCCCAGGAGUUGAUGAACAUCUUGUUGAUAAGAUUCUUGAUCCAUCCAAUCUUGAUCGCGAGGCCAAUACAUUUAGCGAACUCCAAAGCACUCUAAGGAGUUCCACAACCUCAGCAACCGCAUGGGUGGGUGAGUCAGGAGGGGCUUACAACAGCGGUCGCAAUCUUGUUACCAAUGCAUUUGUGUUCAGUUUCUGGUAUUUGGAUCAGCUUGGCAUGGCAUCAACUUUCGAUACGAAAACAUACUGCAGACAGUCGUUGAUUGGCGGAAAUUAUGGUCUACUCAAUGCUACUACGUUUGUGCCAAAUCCAGACUAUUACAGUGCACUUCUCUGGAACCGCUUGAUGGGAAGAAAUGUUCUAUCAACAAGCUUUUCUGGGACAAAGAAGAUACGUGCAUACGCUCAUUGUGCCAAGAAUUCCCAAGGAAUUACAUUGUUAUUGAUCAACCUCGACAAUGCAACUACAGUUCAAGCUAAAGUAGCCUUCCAUGGUUCCUUUACAGUGCAACAGAAAAGAAAGAUUCAUAGUAAUGGUAAAAAUAUUAUUCUUCUACCAGGAGAAAACGAGAUAGGCGAAAUGGAAAGGGAGGAAUACCAUUUAACAGCAAAAGAUGGGGAUUUGCACAGCCAGAUUAUGUUGCUAAAUGGGAAAAUUUUAGGUCUAAAUUCAUAUGGGGACAUACCUCCAUUGGAGGCUGUAACUGUAAAUUCGUCGGACCCCAUAACCGUUGCUCCUUUCUCCAUUGUUUUUGCUCAAAUACCAGAUGUUGGUCUCCCUGCUUGUAAGUAGGUUGGUAGGUAUAAAUGGAUCUGAAACUGGUUUCAUAGAGUGAUCGGUCAAUAAGUAUAGAAUAUCAUGGGAUGUUGUUGUAACCUCCGAUUCUUAAUGGACACGCUAGCAGUUCUUUAUUUUC